AAUCCAGCAUUAUUUGUUGUUAAAAAAAUAUGCAUUUUUCAAAGUAGUCGCGAAAUGCUAACUCGUUUAUGAAAGAUUUUUUUAUAAAAAGAGAAAUUUUGAAUAUGAGCUAACAGGUACACUUUACAAUGUGUUAUAUCUAUAAAUACAGUACAAUAAUUUCUCAGGAGUACUGAUUGUGAAUUCUGUAUGAUUAGUUCAUGCGGUGUGCAAUAAGGUUAGCGAUUACAUGUUUUGACUAAUUAAGAUGGAUUGUAUUAUUUGCAAUUAUUUUGUAUAUGGCAUGAAUGGCAGUAUUUCGUAAAUUGUAUCAGCCAUUAUUGUCUUGUCGUUAUAAGUUUCAUACAAACUUUUUGCUAAAGCAAUAUGAGUUGACAAAGCAAAUUCCUAAUACUAGGAAAAUCAUUCCUUUAAACAUCAUUAUUGAAAAAAACGCAGACGUUUAUGACAAUAUUAAAAAUGAAAACUUAUUAAAUAUAAAAUGGCAAAGUAUACGAGAGAGAUUUCUUCAGAUUCAGCAGAUCACAGCAGCAACAGUGGAUUCCAUAAUUAUAGAGACUUGCCUUGUGGAUUUUCAAGUAGACAAGGCUAUCGCAUAUUUUAAAUUUCUCAGGGAAAACAAUUAUCCCUUGAAUGUGGGUGUGAUUGGAAAUUACCUGAGACUCUAUGUUUUGAAAUGUGAUCUCUUGACUGAGGCUGAUAAAAUGGAAAUCAUAAACACUUAUAAUGCUUUAAGAAAGAACCAUCCUUAUCUGGAUUCUGUUACUGCUGAGCAUUGCGUAGUAAGCUUAUGUUUGACAGAUCAAUGGGAGAAAACAGACGAAUUAAUAGAAUUGAUAAAGAUUACCACUACUCCAAGUAUAAAGGCAUAUUCUGCAAUAGCUGAUGCAGCAUUCAGAAAUGGGAAAUCUGAUGUUGCAUGGAAGGCAUUGUUAAGCAUAGUAUCGCGUAAGCAGAUACUACAACAUAUCGUGUAUAAAUCACAUUUGCAAUAUUGUGAAUCAGAAGGAAUGGAAGAAAUUUUCAACAAUAGAAUGGAAGAAAUGUUUGAUUUUUGGUCUGAACAUAGCAUGAUGCCAUAUAAUUACAUUAUAAAUGCAUAUGCUGAUAGAGCUACUAAGUAUGGUUGGCACACAAUACCUACAACUAUAUGUAAAACUGGGAGUUGUAAAUAUUGCGGUCAUUCCUUGUCCAAGAUAACACUCAACAAAAAUAGCUUUCAAGAAUUAGCAGAAUCUGUAAUGAACAAAUUAAUUAUUGGUUCAGAUAUUUAUUAUAAGACUAAUCCACAAGAAUUGCAAAGAUUUAAAAAAUUUAUCGAGAAAACUAAACCAUAUGACAUAGUGAUCGAUGGACUCAAUGUAUUUUACAUGCAGAAAACUUCAACUGCACAUGCAUUAGAAACGUUGAUCAAAGUAGUUGAGCAUUUCAGCCAACAUAAGAAAAAAAUACUUGUGGUAACGCGGAAACAUCAGAAAAAGCUGCCUAAUUGGAAGUAUAUACAACAACACGCACUUGUCUUCUUCAUAGACAACAUGUCUGCUGAUGACGUAUACAUGCUCUAUGCAACCAUGGCAAGUGGAGAAAAUGCAAUGUUUGUAUCACUAGACUUAUUGCGACAGCACAAGCAUUCCUUGAAGGAUUUACAUUUGCAACAAGAGUUCAAGAAGUGGCAAUAUUCGCAUCAGUACUUUGUCAGAAAAAAUGGGACUUCAAGAUACUUCAAAAUUGAGGAACCUUUUAUUUAUUUGCCAACUGUACAAAAAAAUGGUGAUUGUUGGCACAUACCUUAUGUGAGUGACGAUUUUACUUAUGCAGAUUUACAUGAGUUUCCAAACAAAUGGUAUUGCUUCAAGUAUGACAAGAAAAAGAAAUAAAUUUAUUUCAACCAUU